AUGUCUUUCCUCGGAAUGGGCCGCCCUCAACCUACCUCGGAGCAGAAGAUUGCUGCCGUCGAGGGCGAGAUGCGCAUGAUGGCCGACACCUACAACCGCCUUCAAAAGUCGUGCCAGAAGAAGUGCAUCCCCACGGACUACCGCGAGGGCGAGCUCAAUAAGGGCGAGUCCGUCUGCCUCGACCGCUGCACCGCCAAGUUCCUCGACACCUCGAUGAAGGUCAGCGAGAUCAUGCAGCAGCAGGGUGGCGCGCAGCAGGGCGGCGCGGCGGCUGGCGGAGCCGGUGGUCUUUUCUAA